CCGGAGAAGCGAAAGAGAGGAGAAGGACCUGAAUAAAAGGCAGGGAGAACAGACACACAGAAGAAGAAGAAAAAAAAACGAUAAAACAAAGGAAUAAAAAGGAAAAAAGGGGGAAGAAGAGAGACGAGAAGAAGAAAACAAUCGACAUGCUGAAAUUCAGAGUGACGAACAGCGUGAAGGCGAGGAGAGCCGCUGAGGCCCAGAGGAAGGCGCUGGAAGAGAAGCUGCAGCUGGAAUGGGCCUGGAAGCCAAUGGCCGCCAUGAUGAACGAGAACCAGACGGAUUUAGUUUACUGGAUCCCUCCCCUGUACAGCUCCAACAUCGUCACGACCACGAGCGUCCACACCCGCCGCCCUUCCAUCACCGCACGCCCGCACGCCCUCGCGUCCUCGACUCAGAGGAAAAAGAAGCUGUCUCGCCGGCGCGCGAAGCUCCUGUCGUCGGACGACAGCUACGAGGACGUGAAGGACACAGACACGCUGGUGGACGUGAACGAGCUCAAGGACGACGACACUGAGAGCGGCAUUCACGACGACACGUUCGACACCUCGACGGACGACACGUCGACGCUGAAUAUCCAGAGCAUCGAGGAGGAGGACAAGCUGAUGGAGGACAACGACGACUCGACCCUCGAGACGAGCAGCAUGGUCACCACGAUCGCCGAGGAGUCGUCCAAGGCCUCGCGGGAGCAGUCGGAGGCCAAGCGCCAGAGCAAGACGCCGAGCAAAGGCAGCUCGAGGCCCACCAUCCUGAGGCUGCUGGACAAGAUGUCGCACCUGCACGGCAUCCCCGGCAACCCGCUGGCCAGCAAGGCGAAGAAGCCGGCCAAGACGCCCAAGGAGCCGCGGGCCUUCGAGAACAAGAAGGCCCGGCGGCCGUCGGUCAAGGUGUACCACAACCCGCCCAAAGCCCGCCUCUCGAACCGCAGGUCGAAGGCGACCCAGAUGGACGGCGGCGAGGAGCCCUGCAUCAUCGUGUCGCUGGACCCCAACGCGGCGCCGACGAAGGUCCCCGCGGCGGCGGCGGAGAUCCUGGUGGAGUCCCAACCCAGCGUGAAGGAGCAGGCAGAUCCCGCAGCUGUUCGGCACGCCCAGCUGCAGAUGAUCCUGCGGCUCCUGGCGCAGCUCUACGAGGAGAAGGUGAGCCGACAAGACACGGAGAUCCAGAACCUGAAGACAAAACUCCAGACGCAGGACAAGCUGAUGCGGCAGAUGGCUCACCUCGUCCUUGGCUUGAAGGAGGAGGUCACGAAGCUGAAGGGCCACUGCGGCGUGGACGCGCGGCCGCACAAAGACAAGCAAUACAACGUUCUGAGUAUUAAAGUUGGAGAUACUGAAACCAUUAGUUGUUAGGCUGUAUUUCCAAUUCGUUUGCGUCUAUAAAUAUAUAAUGUUAAAAACGUUUAUUUCAAAAAUAUAUUUUGAUUCUAAGAUACAUUAUAUUUAAGCGAUAUAAUAACAAUUUAUAUUCAGACACCAAUAAAAAAAAUCCUCAAAUAAUCAAUCCUGAUCAAAAGGAAGAAUUUUUUUUCUUUUUGUAAAGUGUGAUACUGUUUAUAUAUCAAAUCUCUUGAUUUCUUUUUUCGGCUUAAUCCUUUCCGAUUCAAUAUUCACCAAAUCGUGUUGUUUUUGUAAUAUUCCAGGUACAUAUUAUAAUUGCUCACGCUGGAAGCUGUGGUAUGUUACUUUAAGUUAACAUACCAUUAUAUUUGCGUGUUAAAAAAAGACAUUUUGGUUGUAUUUCCCAUGCUAUAUAUCGACUCUAAGAAUUAGUCUUUAAGUAAUCAAUGUUCAGACUUAUAAACGGGUUUUAUGAGUCCCAUUUGCCGACAAAAUCAUGUGUAUCAUUAAUUAGAAAAAUACAUGAAAAAUAAAUAACCCUCAGUGGCCAGUUUGAGAUUAAGCAGGUGUGUAAAUAUUAAAAAAUAAUUUUCGGUUAUUAUCACCGUGAGCAGUGUUGCCACCGGAUGUUCUCUGUAAAAGGGAACACGAAAGCCUCUUAACUUUACCAGCAAUCUAGUCAUUUGUAUGUAGGCGUUAAAACAGCAUAUUCAUGUGUUUGUUUUUUGUUCUGGAGACAUUGUAAUAUACUAUUGAUGAAUGUUGUAUAUUACUUAUGUUUAUAAGCGUAUGUAUAUGUAUAUAUGUUUGUAAGUUAAGGAUUGCAUGUGCAUAAUGUUGCCAGACUCAGAUUAUUUAUCUUAUAAAUGAUGUUGAAGACAAUCUCAGAUGAAUUUAUCUUUAAAAUGUGUUAAAAAGAUUUGACUACUCAAAUAAAAUCUUAUUGUGUAUCUCUA